UGUGAUUUGAUUUCCCAAGAUAUUGUUGCUAUCAUUGGCAUCACUAACGCUUCUUCCUUGUCAACCAUUCAGUCUUACAGCAACACUUUCAAUAUUCCUUUUAUCAGUAUUGGUUCCACCCACAACUUUACAUUACCGUCACCGUUUCAAAUAUAUCUUAGACCAGCCUAUAUGGGAGCUAUUGUCGACAUCCUGGAGUUUUACCAAUAUACUAAAGCUUUAUAUAUUUAUGACACGGAUGAAGGUCUGUAA